AUGGAUAUCGACUCAUUCACGAGCUCCGCCGAGCCAGCAAUUGGCCCGAGUAUAGCACCCCAAGCUACUAUCUAUGAUGCCGCUUUAGGAGGAAGCGCACUUCCUAUCCAGGACUCAAUAGAGGACGAGGAGCCGCCUUCUAAUGGAGAACCUUCGUCGUCGAACUCCAAGACAAGCUCAAGCCAGCAGUCUAUUGAGCACGAGCGGGAUGUGGCUCAAAUUGCCGGUUUGGUCCAGCCCAGCCUACCCAUAUUAGGGCCGAAUGAAUAUGUUUUCACAUUGCCAUGCGAGGGAAAGAUACAGUCAACAUACGCCGACAUCAUCAAAGCUAAGGAAAAGUCCAUCAAAAAGUUCCUCAGCAGACACGAAUCAAUUGGCUCGGCGCACGGGUCUCCCAAUCGAACUCACGAACGAAACGAGAUGAAUGACAUGAUACAGCGUCUACAUGACACCGUGACCCACAUGGAUCUCGGCUUGCCAGGGUUCUCAACCCAAUACUCGGUCAACUCGCAAGAACAUGCCGCUUACGCGAACUAUGCAGGCACGAAAUUCCUGUUUCUCGGAUACCUCGUCGAUUUCCUCCAUCUCGUCGGCGUUUCGAUUGUCAUUAUGUCUCGAGAGGGACAGAUUCAAGACCUUCUCGAGCAAUACCUGAAAAUGAAGCACGUUGCCGUUAGGCGGCAGGAUCGCAUAGCGAGGUCGAAGUCACCCGCUACGGAUCGACUGAAUACGGACUUCUCAGUCGAACUUGUCAGUACUUGGUCCACGCACGAAGUCGAUCUUCGCAGCAAACCGUGCCUGAUGAUUGCUUUCGAUGCCUCCUUUGAUGCCCAGGACCCUCAAGUGGCUCGCAUACGCGCGCAGUUCCACAGUCCACCCAGACUCAUGCCGGUCCUUCAUUUGCUGGUGGCCAACUCAUCCGAGCAUGUAGAUCGGUGUCUCCCGAAAAGUUUGCCGUCGCCCAUGAGGCUGAAGGCGUUGGUCCGCUAUACAUACAGCGCCUUGCCAAACCUCGGGGGCAAGCCGUUUGUCAUCCAGCUGGACUCAGACGUGCCGGAAGGCCGACCUAUGGAUUUCUCGGAUCUUCAGAAAGGCGUGAGGAAAAGCCCCGAACGCAAGAUUGCAGAGAUUGCCAGAAUCGUGGGGAAGGCCGCUGUGUCGCCAGAUUUUGGGACACUGUUCACUUUGGAGAACCCUCUGUUGGAGUUGACAGAGCUGGAAGAAACCCCGAGCAUGAAGCCUAGCAGAACAACCACCAGGCCAGAAUCUCCAAGAGACGGGGCAGCCCGAUCAAGGACGCCCGUGUCCCGUGCAGACACGCCUUCAGGCAGGAAGCGAUUGCUAGACGUCGAUGGUGUCCUCCCGGCGUUGAGUAAACGACAACGCAUCACCCCCCUUCGAGACUCGGUUGACCUCAGCAGUAGCGCGCAUGAGCCAAGCAGCAAAUUGACGCAGCUAGAGGAGCAGGUCCGGAAACUCCAGGCAGAUCUCGCAGCAGAACAACAAGCCCGGCGAAUAGUAGAGCAAGAGAGAGAUCGCGUCAAAGAGCAAUUGACGGAAUGGCAACGAGAUCACACAGGUCUCCAACGACGAUAUGAGAAACGAAUGUUGAGAUGCCACGAACUAGACAGGGAAAAGACCAAACUUCAAAAGAUCAUCGAGACCAACAAAUCGCGCCAUGAAAGAACAGUGGAAGAAAACGCAGCCCUGAAGCAGAAGACUGCAGACUUGCAAAGAGAGCUUACUGCCACACGUGAGGAGAUCAAAGCCGGCGGAGGCGACGCCGCGGCGUUGGAGACCGCGCGAGAAGAAGCGCGUACGCUGCUGGCUAAAACCACUUUUCUAGAAAAGUCGCUCGAGAACACGCGCAAAGAUUUCGAGUUCACACGCGCUCAAUACCAGAACGCAUCAAACAGGGCCACCGAACUGGCCGGCCAAGUGACGGAGCUGGAAAAGGAGAUGGCCGUCCUAACCAAACAAGCAAGCGAUGAGAAGCGGCGCCUCAAGCAGAUGAAUUUCGAGCAAGCCACGGAUCACCAUCUCGCCAAGAUCGAACAAUUAGAGCUGGAGCGCAGGUCGAGAGAUAUACUCCUGAAGAAGCUCGAGGAGGAGAAUCGCCAGUUGAAGCGCAAUCGCGGGGUCCAGACGAGAGGAUCCAGCGUGCAGCCGCCGGGGAGCCCAGCAAUGGACGGACACAGCGGACGGGGGACGAGGAGUAGGCAGGGAAGUCCUGCGCCUGGGUUGUUCCCUAGCACGCACGCCAGGGCGAUUGAUAGGGGAAGUCUUUUGCGGAAUGAGCGGUAG